GGGCAUAGCUGACAGCACAGAGACGCAUUGUGGACACAUUUGCUACAGCUCCUCUCUUCUGAACGGGCCACACGGAGGUGGAUGGCCCCAUCGCCCUGCGUCAUGAUGAAUCCUGUGCAGGGGUCGCCGUCGCAAAACACCAAACAGCUUCAUCAGAAAGAAGAGACGGACACGGAGGGCGAGGAGCUCCAGCCCAAAGACAUGACCACCGAGAAAGGAUACAAAGUGCAACGGAGUAGCCUGCCGUUCAGUGUGGAGUCGUUGAUUUCCAAGACCACCUGUCGGACUCCGUAUCCCCCUUCAGAUAUAUCUCUGGUCCUGCCGAAGCCCGCGACCGGCCAGGGCGCACAGUUCUCCCCAAGGACUCUCUACACGGAGAGGAAGGUGUCGGCGGAGAGCUCGCAGGGUGUUUCCAGCUCCAGCGAGGACAGUCCGCAGUUUUGUGAGAAGGAUCAAGGCACUUGGUUCCAGACGUCCUCCUUCUCCACUCCACCACGUAAGUCCGUCCCUCCGCUGCUCAGAGUUCUUCAACAUGAAUUGCACUGAUAUUAAUCAUCUACGGCAGAUAAACGAGUCCGAAAUUGUACCAAAUGUUACAACGGUGACACAAACAUACAAUUAUUUCAGUUUUGCGAACCCAAUCUUGCGCAGAUAGCGCUACGGAGCGUGCGCAGUUUUUUAAAGAUGAGCUACUCAGUCACUGAGCACAUUGCACUGAUAUUUUGCUCUUGAGGUUACCGGUAUUUUUUUUUUUUUCGUUUUCAUGUUUCUACGUAUUAUUGUAGGUAUUUUUAGCUAUAUAGUUUGUUUAUACAGACGAGGCCAGAGUGAUUCAACAACGAGUAACAUUGUCAAUAAAUCUUUGGUUAAUGGGAUAUUUUUAUGACUGAAUAUUUCAUUUUUUGAAGCAGAACUAUUUUGUUUUUCAACAAAUAGGCUGUAUAUAAAUUUCAAUUGACUUGAUUGUUCGUGAUUUUGUUUACAUGGUACACUGAAGGCUCUUGUCUCCACCUUCAAAAUGAUUUCCAGAAAAAUAAAAAAAGCUUGAAUUUAAAUUUGACUGAAACGUUCUUCUCUGCAUUUUUUUUUCAAUCAGGGAGCUCCAGUCCAACUCAGUGUGCUUUACGGAAACACAAAAACAACAGGAAACCUCGCACACCCUUCACUACCUCUCAGCUGCUCGCGCUGGAACGUAAGUUUCGCCAGAAGCAGUACCUCUCCAUCGCCGAGAGAGCCGAGUUCUCCAACUCUCUCAACCUGACGGAGACUCAGGUCAAAAUAUGGUUUCAGAACAGAAGGGCCAAAGCAAAGAGACUGCAGGAGGCUGAGCUGGAAAAGUUUAAACUGGCCUCUAAACCCGUUCUGCCCGCUUUCGCGCUUCCGUUCCCCCUCGGAGCGCACAUGGGAUCUCCGACAACAUGGGGCCCGUCAAACGGCUUCCCAAGGCCCAGCCUGCCGGUGCCAGGACUGUUCAGUGGACCCGUCACUUAUGGGAUGUACUAUCUGUCUUAGUGUUGAUGUGUGGGGCUAAAGAGGGCAAAUGUCAUCUGUCACUGUUGCAAUACGCUUAGAACCAAGGAUGGCGAGUUGUUUCCAUCUCAGUAAACUUUUUAUUAUUUCUUUUCAAGCGCAGAUGUUUCUCUAACACUUUCUCUAGAGAUCAGUUAAAAUCUGGAUGCAUUUUUGAUAGAUAACUGUGUGCAUAUUGGCCUGUGCGGGUUCACUUGCUCUCACUAAUUUAAAUCAGUGUCCAGCUCUGUGGAUUUACAGGCGUCAGGCAAUACUCCAAAAGUAAAAGUCAGGUUUUAAACGACAUGCCUUAAAUAUCUCUGAGCAGCCUGCACUGCGCAGAAGUUCUUAAAAACGGACAUAGAAGUGUGUCAAGACAUGAAGGAAAUGAUUUGCUGAGACAGUGUGAUACAAUUUGAAAUCAACAUAAAAGUACUUAAACGGUGAUAGUGCCUUACUUUAAUGGAAUCACUUGAAGUAUUUCUGCUCCUUUAGCAUUGAGUGUUUUCUGUGAAACUGCAGUUUUUCCUCGGCUACUGUUUGAAUAUUUAUUCUUGCAGCAGCCCCUGCAGUAUUUUCUCUACUUUUUAAACAUGGUGCAAAUUUAUAUUUCAGGAUAAAAACAUGUAUUAGAUGACUUCUUACUGUCACAGCGUGGCCUUUGAGAGAGCGACUUUAGUUUUUCAGAGGAUUUUCUAUGUAUGUAAAAAAUAAACUGUUGAGUGUUGUUCAUAAAGGCCUGCAGCAGGAGGAAUGGUAUUUAUUAAAUAUCUUUGUAUCUGUACUGUGUACAUACACCUCUGUAAAUGUUCAGUCACUUGUAAAAUACUGAUUUUAGUAAAUAAACAUCGUAUACUUUA